AUGGUUCAAAAAUUUGUUGGGUGUUACAAAAUUGCUCUUAAAGGAAAGAAAAGUGGGACAUCCGAGACCGAUGUCAUGGCAGAUGCACAUGCUAUUUUUGCUCAGGAUCAAGGUACAACAUUCAAUCUUGAGUAUGCAUGGCGAUUGUUAAAAGAUGAAGCUAAAUGGCGCAUCAUCGAAGAAUCGAUUGGAAGUUCUGCAAAAAUAACAAAGACUUAUGCUAGUGGGGCAUCAUCGGAGAACCCAGAUACAACUUCAAGUUAUGAGUUUAACUCAUCAUCACCAAUGGAGCGUCCAGUGGGACAAAAGGAAGCAAAAAGGAAGGGUAAGACAUCAGAAAUUCCAAAUGCAACGCAAGAUGCAAAGAAUAAAAGAGCAAUAACAAUGGACAGACUUGCAUAA